AUGAAUCUAUUUGACGUUGGACAUUUUUACAUCGAUAGGAUGGUGAAUUCGAAAUCGAAAGGCGGAGUUGCCGACAUAACCGAGCGUAGUAGAAUAAAAGCGUUACUUUUGGAUAAGAAUACGAAAAGUACGAUAUCUAUGUGUGCGACCCAAAGUGAAUUGCUACAUAAUGAGAUUUUUCUGAUUGAUACAUUAGAGAAUGAAAAUAGAGAUCCGGAAAGGCAUCUAAGAUGUAUUGUUUACGUCAAGCCAACUAAUGACAGUAUUGAAUUUUUAUCUAGAGAAUUGCGUGACCCUAAAUAUGGAGACUAUCACAUAUAUUUUAGCAAUUCAGUAUCAAAGGCGCAACUAGAAAAACUGGCAGAAUCGGAUGAUAUGGAGGCAGUUUCUAAGGUUGAAGAGAUAUUUCAAGAUUAUUUUAUUUUGAAUGAAGAUUUGUUUUCAUUUGAUAUAAAUCCUGCUGAGCUAACAAUUAAUAAUUCUAAUGUGUGGGGAGAAACCAGUUUAACCAACUGUAAGGAUAGUCUAGUGUCGCUACUCCUGUCUUUGAAGUUAAAGCCAGAUAUUAGAUAUGAAGUGAAUAGUAAACGCUGUACUAAACUAGCUAAUGAAUUAGCCAAAAUUAUCGAACAAAAUGAAAAGACGUUGUUCCAUUUUCCUAACAUGGAUACGCCGCCGUUAUUAGUAUUACUUGAUCGAGAAAGCGACCCUUUAACGCCACUUCUGCAGCCAUGGACUUAUCAAUCUAUGAUAAAUGAGUAUGUUGGAUUAAAGCGUAAUGUUGUUGAUUUAUCAGGUAUGCCAGGUAUAGAUCAAGAUCUGCAGAAAGUGACUCUUUCAUCAAUGCAAGAUAGGUUUUUUUACGAGACAAUGUACAUGAAUUUUGGUGAACUAGGGGACCAAGUUAAAAACUAUGUCGAUUCAUAUAAGCUAAAGAGUCAGAGUACAAGUCAAAUUAACACGAUUGAAGAUAUUAAGAACUUCAUUGAGAAAUAUCCAGAAUUUAGAAAACUAUCAGGUAACGUAUCCAAGCAUAUGUCAAUAGUGGGUGAAUUAGACAGACAAUUGAAAGAGCUUAAUAUCUGGGAGAUAAGUGAGAUUGAACAGAAUUUAUCUGUUCAUAGAGAUAAUACGGAAGAUUUUCAAGGAUUACAAGAUAUGCUAAGAAAUCAAAAAAUCAACAACUAUUAUAAAGUAAAACUUGUAUGCAUCUACAUUACUAAACAUUUUGAUUUGAAAGACAGGAUAAAUGUCCUCAUCAAAACUAUAAGUGAGACUGUAAGUCCGCAAGAAAUAAACUUUUUGCACAGAUUUCAAAAAAUCAUUGAGGAAUACAAUAAUCAUUUAAACUCAUCAGCUAAUAGUGCGGAAGGUGAAGGAAAGAGAGACGAUUUAUUGAGUGAACUUGCUAAGAAAUUUAAUACUAGAAUGGCGUCAAAGGGGUUUCUAAAUAACACUCAGAAAUCAAACAACAAUGUGUAUAUGCAGCAUAUUCCCGAGAUAUCUACAAUAUUGUCUAACAUAUCAAAAAGUACACUUAGUAAGGAGAGAUAUGGUUUCAUUGGUAAUAACGGUGUAAAUUCUAGAUUGGUUGACAAUAACUCUGCAAGAGAUGUAGUGAUAUUCGUUGUCGGUGGUGUUACCUAUGAAGAAGCAAGAUUUGUCCACCAAUUUAAUGAGACAAUGAAAAACAAAAUGAGAGUCAUAUUAGGUGGUACAAGUGUGUUAUCUACCAGGGAUUUCAUGGAUUCUAUGAGAAACAAAGUUUAG